AUGCCUCCUUCUCCAAUUCCAACACCGAAUUCUCAGCCUCAUUCAUCGUCAACAAUUAUUGCUAAUAAUCUACUUGUUCAAGCUUCUCCUCCUAUGCCACGUUCGUCUAUAGAACGACCUCCACCAACGCCAGUUAAACCAGUAUCACACUUUCAAAAACUUCUACAUCAUUUUAACGGAAGUAAAUCAUUCAGUAGUUCGUUUAUACGAGGAACACCACUGACAUCAAGUCAACAACGAUCUGCCAUUAAAACAAAUGGUUCCAUGACAACUAUCAUAAAAAAUUCUAACAAUAAAACACCUGAACAGUUAAUUUCAAAACCAAAAUCAGACGAAACUUUGCCCCCUCCACCACCACCCGAAAUGGCUCAUGAACAAUUGCUGGAUAUAUUAUUUCAAAGUAAUCGUACACAUAUUGCAUCCAUAUCUCCGUCACCGUCGACAUCCUCAGCUACUACACAUACAUCAAUUCAACAAAUAAUGAGGAAUAAUAAGAAGAAACAACCACAACAACAAAUACAAUUCAAUCCAACAAAUAUUUCACCAAGUAUGUCAAAUUCUGAUCUAUCAUUUUCACCAUCUGGUAUGAAAGUUUUCUCACCAAGUAUUGAAACAUUUUCUGGCUAUGAACUUGGUCCAAUGAGUAAAUCAGCGCCAAAUGCAAUGGUCGAAUCUCAGACAUGGUCACCUCCUCGUUAUAUAACAACUCCAUCAUCAUCAUCAGCAUCGACUCAUACAUGUCAUUGUAGUUCGAAUUUAAAAGAUGAUUCAAAUUCACUGCAUGACGAUGAAAAACUUUUUAUUCAACGUGAUUGGAUUUAUGAUGAAAUGUUUAAACUAAUAAGAGGCACAACUAAACCCGGCCUUGUUCUAAUAAGUCGUACACCAGGAAUGGGUAAAACAUGGCUAAUGAAAAAUCUAUUGCGAAUAACAACAUCGGCAUCACAACAAACAACAUCAGUUAUUACUCAAAAUGAAAAAGCUUCAAUCAUUCGAGUAAAUUCAGCAAAAAAAUCUUCCUAUGAAUGGCUAAAAUGUCAUAUAUUAUCUUCACAUUUUUGUGAUUGUUCACAAACAGACUCUUGUUCAUUACCAGACAUAAUACAUUCAAUUAUUUAUCGUGCACUUGAACAUCCACUUUUACAUGCUUACCGUGAUGUUAUUCUACGUGAGCAACAUACACGUAAAGCAAUCACAUUAAAUGCUUGCAUUCAAAAUGUUGAACAUGCAUUUUUUACUGCUUUUCUUGAUCAAUUAAAUCAAUUAAAACUUCUUGGUCAUUUACAAGAGUUAUUUUCAGUUACAAAUCAUAUUUAUUUAAUAAUCGAUGGUAUUAACAAUGAACUAUGUGAUACAGAAGGACAAACAAUAACAGAAUUUCUAUUUACGAAUCUUCAUCGUAUACCACCGUGGUUAAAAUUAAUCAUAACAAUGAAUCGGCUGCACGAUAAUCAACUUCAAACAGAACAAAAUACAUUUCUACAACACUUCGCUGUAUUGGAUAUCGAAGAUGAAUUAAGAUUCUCUAAUUAUUUAUAUAAUGAUAUACGAAAAUAUUUAUCGAAACGAUUAGAGAACGAUUGUAGUAAUGAACUCUAUGAUUUAUCAUCAUCUAUGUCAAAUAUUGAUCAAUUAUGUACAUUAUCGCAUGGAAAUAUAUUUUUUAUUCAACAGCUCUGUGAUCUAUUUGAACAACGAGAAUUCCCGGCAAAUAUUGAUCUUCCUCGAACAUUAAACGAAAUAUAUUAUUAUCGUUUUCGAACUAAUAAAAUUCAAGAACAUAUUGAAAUUUGUCGUGCUAUUCUUGAAAUAUGUUUAGCAAUCAGACGACCAAUUAAUUUAAAUGUUCUAUAUAGCUGUGUUAAUGUUGAUGAAGAAUCACAUAUUGAAUGGUCAAUAUUCUUACAAUGUGUCUCCUAUUUAUCUGCAUUUCUAACACAAUAUCCCAAUGCAACCUAUGCUACUGUUCAUGGGUCAAUUCGGCAUUGGUUACUUACUAAUAAAAAUCAAUAUUUUGCUUGCAAUAUCAAAAAAGGACAUUCUCGUUUGGCACUUUAUUUAUCUCAUUCGUUAUCCAACUCCUUACAUGGUCCCGAAGCUACUGAGUGUAUUCGUCAUCUAUCAUUAAGUGAUCUAUUUUCUAAUAAUAUUAUUCAACUGUGUCACACCAUAAAACACUUAAUCGACGAUCCAUCACGUUUGUUAGCUUCACUGCGUAAUGCAUUCUAUCCUGAAUUAGAUAUAAGUGAAUUACUUUUAAUGACAUCAGCUAAUCCAGAUUCAAUAGUUAAUUCAAUACACAUGCCGCUUCUAUGUAUUGCAUCACGAAAUGGGUAUAUGUCAUUUGUUGAAUUACUCUUAAAAUAUCAUGCAAACGUUAAUAUAAUAACAAAAGAUAAUGACAAUAAGACGUCAUUAAUGCUUGCGGCCGAAUAUGGGCAUGAACAGGUUGUCAAAUUAUUAAUUAAUUACAAUGCUAAUAUCACUUUGAAAGAUAAAUAUCAAUUGACAGCUGUUGCUUAUGCAACAAAACAUGUAUCUAUUUUGAAACUUCUCAAUUGCACCGAUGAAUCUAUAAAGCAACAAGCAUUUGUCUAUGCUGCAUCGACGGGUUCACUUGAUGCUCUUGAAUUUAUGUUAACUGACAAUCAUUAUUCAACGAUUGAUAUCAAUGGCACCGAUUAUGUCCAUGGUGAAACAGCUUUAACUAAUGCCGCAAGUCACGGCCACAUGAAUGUCAUUGAUUAUUUAAUCACAAAUCAUCAAGCAGAUAUAGAUCGAACAAAUUCUCGUCAAAUGACACCGUUAUUAUUAGCUGUUAAAAAUGGUAUGUGGUCAUGUGUAGAAUAUUUACUUGAUCAUCACGCAUCGAUUGAACAUUGUGAUAAACAAAAACGAACAUGUUUAGUAAUUGCAUCUAGUGAAGGUCAUCUAGCUGUUAUUGAUAGUUUAUUAGAGAAAGGUGCUAAUGUUCAUCAUGAAGAUGAAGAAGGACUUACAUCUUUAUCAUGGGCUUGUUUAAAAGGUCAUUUUCAUGCGUGCGAAACAUUAUUAGCUCAUGGAAGCAAUAUUAAUCAUGAAGACAUUAAUGGACGAAUACCAAUUGAUAUGGCAUCAUUCUAUGGUGAUGUACAACUAGUACAAUUACUGAUUGAUCAUGGUUCCAUUGUUGAUCAUGUCGAUAAAAAUGGAAUGCGGGCACUUGAUCGUGCUAUUGGCUGUCGAAAUGUUGCUGUUGUUAAUUGUUUGUUAAAGAAAAGUGUUAAACUUGGCCCAUCAACAUGGGCACUAGCAGCUGGUAAAAAUGAUAUGAUGACAAUUUUAAUAUCGAAAUUGAUUGAUGAUGGUAUUUCACUUUAUAAAAAAAAUCAAUAUAAAGAUGCUGCUUAUCGUUUUUCAUAUGCAUUAAAAAAACUACCAACAAAUAUUGAUCAACAAACAACAGAUCAAUUUACAACAAAUUUUCGAUUUAUGAAAUAUAAUUGUUUAAUUCAUUUAGCUAAAUGCAAACGAAAAUUAGAUUCUUAUGAAGCAGCUAUUGAUUAUUGUACGCAAGCACUUUAUAUUCAUAAUACAGCCGAUGGUCUUCUACUUCGAUCAAGAAUAAAACGCGAUCAAAAAUUAUAUGACGAUGCUCUGACUGAUUUACUUGCUGCAAAAAAUCUUGAUCCAACAAAUACAGAUUUAGAUCGUUAUAUCAAUCGUUUAAAUGUUGAUCUUCAACAUUGUCAUGAAACACUUUUAUAA